UUUGGAGGAUUGAUUUACGCCCCAUUGACUCUUUAUCAGGCUCGCGAAAAAAGACUGACCAAUCAUUUUGCUCGAAGCACACAGCAUAGCAGCUCGACUCCACUUUGUUGGAGAGCGAGUACAGAGAGCAUCUUGGAUAGGGGAAAGCCCAGUUCUAUGGUAUAUGGUUUCCCUUCAAUGAACCGCACAUAGUAUAAUGUCCGAGAAUGUCCAUUUCUGGACCUCUAAGCAACUACUAUGUCGAUUCCAUCAUAAGUCAUGAAGGGGAAGAUCCGAGCGCUGCCCGAUUCUCCAAUGUACAGUAUUCCAACACUAGGCAACCGGGAACCGGGGAACAUCAUGAAUUCCCUUCGUGCAGCUUUCAGCCCAAGCCUCCUGUGUUUAGUUCGUCAUGGAGUCCUUUCAGUCCCCACACGCCCAACAGCUUACCGGCGGUCUACCAUCCCUAUAUCCCAGCGCAGCCCGUGCCAUCGACGGACACCCGGUACCUUCGCACAUGGCUCGACUGUGCACCGAGAACCGAGCCACUGGACAUCCAGAGCCAAGUCAAGAUGGAGCCACCCCUGGGACACCUCGAGGAGCCCCCGAAGAUUGGAGUACAGCACGAGUAUGUUUUGGAAUCCUCCUCAGCUCGGGAGAUAAACCCCGGCCACGGCUCUGGAUUUGAAGACAGCAAAGAUAUUUGUGACGGCGGUGAAGACAAAGAGGGACCGGAUCAAAACGAUCCAUCAGCCAACUGGUUACACGCUCGCUCGUCACGGAAAAAGCGAUGUCCAUACACUAAGUAUCAAACCCUGGAGCUCGAGAAGGAAUUCCUCUUCAACAUGUAUCUUACCCGGGACCGGCGACACGAGGUAGCGCGCUUGCUGAACUUGACGGAGCGGCAAGUUAAAAUUUGGUUCCAAAACCGAAGGAUGAAAAUGAAGAAAAUGAAUAAGGACCAGUCCAAGGAAUAAAUGGACAAGUGUGGGUGCCCAUCCUUUACCCCUUUUAUCACAAUUAUGCUGACCUCUGGACAGUAAUACAAGAUGUUUGCAGCCUGUGCUACACAUUUUUUAUAUUCUGAGAUGCAGAUCAACACUAAAACCUGAGUAUUCUUUUUAGAAAGCUACUUGAAGAAGGGCAAGAACACUAGUAACCAACUAUAAAACUACGUCAAAAGAAAAUCAUGUAAUAUACAUGAGUAGGCUGUAUACCUACUCCUUGUCCUCUGUUUUGAAUUUCCUUUCCACUUUACUUUAUAAACAGAAAUAUAAGUACAGGUACUUGCAUAUUUAUGUUUUAAUUGAAAGAAACUUUACUUUGUAGACAUUUUGUGGACAAUGUUAUUUUAUUCAAUGGCAAUAAGUGCGGUUACAACGUAUUCCUAUAACAAAACUGAAAAUUAUUAUUAUUAUUAUUAUUAUUAUUAUUAUUAUUAUUAUUAUUUCUUGUGGUAAGGGAAAUUAUUUUAAUUGUGCCGUGACAAAUAUUCAGAUAUGCAUUCCUUAAUGGAUAAAAUGCUUCGAGGUUACCUUUUGCAUUUGUUAAAUUUUAAUCAAGGAUACUGAUACUGGAAGAAAAUUGGUCUUUCCUCUGAAUAUGUCUCCAUGAAUAAGUUUAAAUCUAUAGCAGCCUAAUUCGUCUUGCUUUUCUUAAUGGUUUGGAUCGACCUAGAGUCAUACAUUGAAGGAUUUGAAGAAUAAACUGUGUUGCAGACUUUGUAGUAGAUAAUGCCAUAUUAAUGUAAUGUAAUAUUCCAAGUUUUCGACGUGAAGCAACUAUAUAAAGCAAGGCUUUUUUAAAGCAAGGUCUAGCAACAUUUAAACCUUAAUUGUAUACUACGUUACUCCGUUUAAUCUUAAUUGUUGCCCCAGUUAUCAAAUGAAGGAGGAAUUAACUUAUAGACUGUAUCUGCUGGAUGUGUGUAUAUGUAUGUAGCUAGCUUGUGAGUAACAUUUCGGUUUUAAACUAGCAGUGGUUGUAAAAGUUUACAUGCUUUAGCGCAUGCCUUGUAAAGUUUUAGUUACCUUUUACUUGAUUUUGAUAUUAGGUAGUACAAUGCUAAGCUCUUCCUUGUGUAGUAUUAGAAUGAUAGUUAUAAUUUAUUCCAAAUGUUAUUGCUUUUCUUUUCAGUGGAAUGUUUUUUUUUUACAUUGUAUAAAAAGAGGAGAUUUUAUAGCCUACUUAAAUAAGCAAAUGUUCUUUCUUUUUUUCAGACACUGUUUACAUAUUGUUGUCCAUAAGUCUUUGAGAUCUGUGUUAACACAAAAGUAUUAUGUUGUAAAGUAUACGUUUGCUCAACAUUGCAUUGUUUUGCUUGUGAAGAAAUAGUCUCCGAAUGGACCUUUCUGUAGUCGCGUGGGCGUCUGUCUUCAACUUCCCUUGAGGUGUGGAAUUUCUCCAGUUUUCCUCAAACGGUGUCACAACCACCGACAAACUGACAGACAGACACAGACCCAUAUUACAAGUUUACACGGAUCACUGUCUGAGUUCCUCUCAUUGGCGUCUAUAACUGAUGUAUAUUUUUUACAAAGGAUAAACCAAUACUCCACAUUCAUUAACAUAAACCGUUCCUACUGAAUAAACACAGAAAACCUA